AUGGCCGGGGUUCUCCUUCACCUUCCCUGUGAAGUUCGGGACCUGGUUUAUGCCGAGUGUGUCCAAGUUCGUGCGUUGGGACUUCUAUGCACGAACCAACAGAUCUACACCGAAUUUAUUCCUUUCCUGCGAGAAAAGUUUGUCCUCGCCUUCCGGGUCAACCCCUCGGCCUCGUCCACUGUCAUCGAACUCCUGAACCACGACAAUUCCCCAUGGGGGAACACAUGUACUAUUGAUGUCGCCGGGACACACGCAGACUUUGGCAUGGUGGACAAGAUGCCGGUCGAUCGAUUCAGAGGGGUCCGGAUCCUUGUCGAGCCCCCAGAUGUGAGCGACCCUGGUCAGGUUGUUCGAGGUUUCCUACAAUCCAGCGGGCUCGUCAAGGCUUUCUUGCCUCGAUGGGCCAAUCCAGACCAUGCGCCUAGCAGCGAAGCCAAGGUUCUGAAUCCUCCAGCAAGAUCAACAAAGCGCCUCCCACCACUGACCAUCCAAGUGCGAGAAGGAAAGUUCAGGAAAUGGCAUACUGAUGGCCAGUGGAACCACAGCAUUCCCGACCCUGUGUCAUGGGGCUCUGUCACGAAAGAGCCUUCCCUCAUCCACGAAGGCAAAGGCUCUGGUAUCAAAGUCAUCCUAACACCAUUCUUACGCAUUAGGUAUGCCGAAGCCGUCACGAUCGCGCUUCCAUCUGACGCACCUUCGGACAAAGCCAUACAUAAGAUCCAGAACUCCCUCGUCAAGUCGUGUACCCAGCGGCGCUCGUUUGGCCUGAAUCUCUGUGUGGAAGACGACUUGAAUGACGACGACGCCCUCGGCUUUGAAGACAUGCUUCACCUUUGGCUUGAUUACCUUCUUGACAACAUGAAGGGCACCACGGCAUCGCUUCUCCGACGGAUCGAUUCAAAUUCUGGUGUUCAGCCUACGAAUUCCAGAUGGGAAGGCGUUUUCACGGCGUCCGGACUCCCCAUAUCCACGGCGUCCACGUUCACGACAAAUAUAUGGGCACUCCUUUCGGCUACGGGACGGAUGAGCUCAUUCAACACAUGA